AUUUACCUCUCCUCUCCGAUAUAGGAGGUAUAUAUACCUCUAUAUUCUCUAUAUACCGUGCUCUAUUUAUCUCUCCGUGGCCGUAUAAUCACAUUGCAGACUAGCUGCUGCCUCCGAUAGCUCUACUUUUAAAUUACCAGUAGUCGCUAUUGUUUCCUUGUUAUAUACACACAGCUUUGCUUGAUAGUUUCAGCUUUGUUCCCGUGUUGUUCCAGCUUAUCAGCUUUGCUCCAGUGAUGUUCCACUCUACGUUUCUGGUUGGGUCGGACAGGUUCCCGAGGAUGAGGGAUACUAAGAGGGCUCAGAGCGCUAGAUCAGCUCCUCGUAGUAGGGCGGCUAGUAGACCUGCUACAUCUCCUCUACAAGGGAGCAGAGCAGGGAUGCAGAACAUCAGACCUGGGACAGAGAACAGCAGACCUUGGACGCAGAGCAGGACUCUGAAGCUACCUCAGCGACCAAAAUCUGCUCUCUCUAUCUCUGACGUCCCCCAAGUCUGUGACCCGGAGUACCACGAGAGACGUCCCUCGACCCGGGCUAAGUCCACACAAGCUGGGUCCCGCACAGUGUCCCGACCCAGCACGGUAGCACGACCCCACACGGUAGCCGCUACCCGGCCUCGCAGUAUCUCCACCACCAGGACCUGGUACUACGGGAGACCCCCUCCUAAAGAGGCUCACGCAGCUGUCAUAGACUGGAACAAAGCCAGGCUGAUAAAAGCCCCCAUUAUCAGAAGGAGAGCUAAGAGUUCCAAUUCCUGUAACAAGGAGGUUAAUGAGAAAACCGAGGUUAGCGUUCUCCAGCCUUACCCUCUCAACUAUAACGCUUUCCUUGUUCAGUCUCUGAGGAAGGACAUGGGGAAGUUGUACUCUGUUCCCUCUAAUAUCAUUAUCAGACGAUCCAAUAAGUCUAGUCAGGACGGCUCUGAAACUUCUUCAGAUGAUGAUGUGUCCAUCGGGGCUUAUUGUAAUGACCACUGGAAAAUGACCUGAUCGCGCAAGAAACAAUCAUGUUUACCUCUGACUUCGAUCGUCACUAAUUUUAUGUGGUAUAAUACCAUAACACUAUUGAAACAAAAAAGUAUCUCAAUCAGUUUUGCUGAUAGUUAAGGACAAUUCGGAUGCUCUUGUGUACGAUAUUCUGAUCUGAGAGCUGGCUUGUGUUUGACAGAUUUUUGAUAGUUAUGCAAUGAUUUCAGCGAAUAAAGUUUAGCCAGCUGUAUUGGUAGAAUAUUAUUUAUACGAUUAUGUCGAAAACAAGUGUAUAUAGAACAUCACGAUACCUAUUUUUAAUAAACGGAAGAAAAAUACAUUUUCUUGAAGCAUGGCAAACAAACUCAAAUUAAGUAAUUUGUGAUUUAUGAAUAUCAGAUAUGAUUAUUAUGCUAUUAUAUAUAUUGUGAUUUGUACAUACAUUUUAAUCAGAAAAUUUGUAAAAUACG